UCCUUUACUUUGACAAAGUAUACUUUUCAAGCUUAAACAAUUCUAUUCUUGCUAACAUAAACACACAUUCCUCUCUUUCUCAUUUGGCUAUCAGAAGAAGAAAAGUUAUCCAUUGUUGUUUCAGGCUGAGGCAUUUCUUCAACUCCUUCUUGACAAUCUGAGCUCCCUUAUCAAGGAGGAGAUCGGACUGAUCUUGGGCGUCGAUGAUGAGAUGAAGAAGCUCUGCAGCACUCUCACCACCAUCCAAGCUGUGUUGGAGGAUGCCGAAGACAAGCAAAUCCAGAGCAAGCCAAUUCGAGACUGGCUGCGGAAGUUCACCGCUCUUGCUUAUGAGAUUGAUGACAUUUUGGAUGAGUGCAACACUCAUGUCUCCAAACUCAACCACUCUCCUUCCAAACUCAGCCGCUACAGCCUCAAGAAAUUAUUGUAUCACCACAAUAUAGCAAGGAGGAUGAAGCAAGUCAACGAGAAAGUGGAGGCAGUUGUUGCGGAGCGUGCUAAGUUUCAUCUGCGUGAGAUGCCUGUUGAUAGACCAAGAGAAGCUGCUCUUGUUUCACGCGAGACAGCUUCCGUGUUGAACCAAUCUGAUAAGAUUCAUGGCAGGGAAGAAGAUAAAGACAAGAUUGUGAAGAUGUUAGUGAAUAAUGUGAAGGAGGAGAAGAAGAUGUCCGUGUUGCCGAUCUUAGGCGUUGGCGGCCUUGGGAAGACCACUCUCGCUCGACUAGUCUUCAAUGAUCCACAGGUGGAAGAGCACUUUGAUCUAAAGAUUUGGGUUUGUGUCUCAGAUAAUUUUGAGAUGAAGACUUUGGUGAAAGCUUCGGAUCUGCAACACUUGGAUGCUGCAGAGCGUCAACUUUGGGAAUUGUUGAGCAGAAAAAGAUAUUUGAUUGGGAUGGAUGAUGUUUGGAAUGACCACCAGGAUAAAUGGUUUGAGCUGAGAGAUGUUCUAUUAUGUGGCUCAACUGGUUCAUCCGUUGUCGUUACCAGGCGUCAGAAAAAAGUUGUUGAUAUGAUGAGAACACUUCCAUGUCAUUGCCUCGAGGGGUUGUCGGAUGAGCAUUGUUGGGCACUGAUGCGGCAGUGCGCCUUCGAAGCAGAUGAAGAGGUGUCUUUGCAGCUGGACAUAAUUGGGAAACAGAUCAUGAAGAAAUGUGCUGGAGUGCCCCUCGCUGCUACAACGCUUGGAGGAAUCCUACGGUUUAAUAGGAGAGAAGAGGAAUGGAUACAUGUGAGAGAUAGUGAGAUAUGGAAGUUGUCGGCUGAAGAGAGUUUGAUAGUGCCUGCUUUAAGGUUGAGUUAUCAUCAUCUUCCCUUGGAACUCAGGCAAUGCUUUGCUUACUUUGCAGCCUUUCCUAAGGACCAUUACAUUGAAAAGGGACGACUGAUCCUUCUAUGGAUUGCUCAUGGCUACAUUUCAUCAAAGGGGGCUCUACAAGUAGAAGAUGUUGGAAAUCAAAUAUGUAAUGAGCUACUACUUAGAUCUCUUCUGCAAGUAGAUGAGUAUGAAAAUAUCGGUAUGCAUGAUCUCGUUCAUGAUCUGGCAGAGUCAAUAAUGGAGAAUAAAGUUCCCGGAGUACAAAGUAAAAGAAAUCUAGCAAGUGCAUCAACUAUCCGCGAGGUAAAUUUGCUACACAAAACUCUUGUGUUUCCCAAAUCUUUUCAGCAAGAUAUGAACAUUACUUCCAUCUUGGAGUUCACAAGUUUAAGAGUGUUAAAUGCCCCUCGUAGCAUAGUACAAGAUUUGCCUCCUUCCAUUGGCAAUCUUAGACAUUUGCGAUUCUUAAAUUUGGCCUAUUCAGAAAUUCGCACACUCCCAAACUCGUUAUGUACUCUUUGGAAUUUGCAAAUCCUCUACUUGGACUACUGUGAUAGACUUGUGGCUUUACCUAAGAAGUUCACAUCUCUACGUAAUCUCCAACAUCUAGGUCUUCAUGGGUGCAACUCGUUGUGUGAGAUGCCAUCUAAAAUGAGAGAGUUAAAUGGUCUAAAAACGUUGAGUAUGUUUGUUGUGGGUCUCAAGAGAGAUAACAAACUUGAGGAACUGGAAUGCUUGAACAUCAGUGGAAGGCUUCAGAUUAGGCAUCUGGAGAGAGUAAAAGACAAUAUAGAUGCUAAGAAAUCAAAGAUUGCAGAGAAAAACAAUCUUCGAGACUUGUGCUUGUCAUGGGAAAGAAAUGAUUUAUAUAAAGGAGGAAGUUGAUGAAAUGGUGUUGGAAGCACUUGAACCUCACCCCAAUCUUGAAUCUCUUUAUAUACAAGGCUUCAGUGGUAGAUAUCUUCCACGUUGGAUGGAAAAUUCAACGCAGAGAAAAAUAGUUCAUAUAGAUAUAACUGAUUGCGAAAAUAUUAGGCGUUUUCCAAAAUUGGGAGAGUUACCCCAUCUUAGGACGCUAGAUUUAAAGAAUGUGGGGGUGGAGUAUAUUAUUGAAGAAGAAGUUGGGAGUGGACACCCUGUAAAGAUACAAUUUGUGGCUCUGGAAAGUCUUGAUUUAGUUGAUCUCCCAAAUCUUAAGGGACUCUCAAAGGAGCAAGAGAGUAGUAAAGAAGCAUUCCCGAAUCUGGAAAACCUAAGUAUCAAGCGUUGCUCUUCAUUAGUAUUGCCAUCACUUUCGUCCCUCGGAAAGUUGAAGCAACUAGCAUGCAGAAGCUCAGAUUUGGCUCUAUUAUCUGAGCACGACAUUCCUAGUAAUCUGUCAAUCGAAGUUGAAGAGAACCUGGCAUGUUUCCCAAUAGAAGCGCUGAAAAAGUUUAGUAAGAUGCGUUCAUUGACAAUUGAGAAUGCAAAAGAGAUCUCCGUGACAAGAGAAGGUCUGGAAGCCUUAAAAGAGCUUACAAGUUUAUGGUUAGUAAGUUGUCGGACAAUGAGAUGUUUAGAAGGGAUGCUGCUGCACCUUACUGCUUUGGAGAACCUCACCAUAUCGAAGUGCCCAGAAUUACUAGAGUUGCCUGAGGAUAUUAAACAUCUCCAUAAUCUUAAGUUCCUCCAGUUACAUAUGAGAUGUUUACCGGAAGGAAUGUCGCAGCACCUUACUGCUUUGAAGGAGCUCUACAUAUGGAAUUUCCCAGAAUUACAUGAGUUGCCAAAGGAUAUUAAACAUCUGCCAAAUCUUAAGAAACUCUAUUUAUAUGGCCUUCACAAGCUGACACGCUUGCCUCAAGCCUUUCAGCACCUCUCUAUUCUAUACCUUGAAGAUCUUCCUAAGCUGGAAUCACUUCCAGAUCAGCUACCAUCUCUCUAUACACUCAAUGUUAUGAGCUGCCCAAAAGGUUGUAUCGAUUCCUGAUCUGCCAAAUCUGAAACACCUAAGGGUCAUUGAAUGCCCACAACUGGAAAGGCGAUGUCGGAGAGGAAGUGGAGAGGAUUGGCACAAGAUUGCCCACGAUCGCAGCAUCACUGUUUAUCCAAAUUAACUCAGCUAUUUUUUGUUGAUUCUGUGUAAAACAAGUCGAGCCAACAUAUGAUUUCAGUAAUUUGUGUUCAAGUGAUCACAUCAUUCUUCAAGAUUAAGAAGAUGUACCAAAAACAGCAUUGGAGAAAGAUUACAAAGAUGUGUUGGAGGAACUUUGAAAAGUUGGCAUUGUGGCAGGGGGCGAAGUAGUACAUCUUUGAGUGUGCAUUGUCAAAUGCAAAUGUCUUAGUAUAUGUGGCUGAAUUUCUGUGUUUAAGUAUUUGGUGGCAAGAUUUUUAUUGUGUGCUUGUAGUUAGAUGAUUUUUUGGAGUGUGAAAGCUGAGCUAUGCCUAUGGGUGAAAUAAUAUUGUUGUACUCCAUCAUCGAAGAUUCCAAUUCAAUAGAAUAUUCUUC